AUGUUAUCACCGCUAGUAGAUCUUCCAUCACGACUGGAAAGAGCCCGUGUUGAACACUCGGAAGAAAUCGCUGUGGGAGCGACCGGAUUCCAACCUGCUAUGCACGAAGUUUUACAGAAGCCGUCUUUAUUAGAGCCGUCCAACUUGCCCAAAGACUCUAUCUUUACUUACUUCCAGGAGGAAACUGAGAAGAAAGAUGGUGCGAGCUGUGUGUUCUUGCUGUGGGGUUCUGAACACUCUGAAAGCUUCAAAACCUGGGCUGUAGACGUUCUAAUUACCGACGUUGAAGAUGAGUAUGACAUCUUUAAGUCAUUAAAGAAGAAACUUAAGCCCGUUACUUUCUGGUUGAUCUGCCGUCCUUCAAAAAGGUUCUUAGCCUUCGUUGAACCUUUAGACCUAGACAGCUUGCACAAGAGCUACUCUGAGCAACAGGGAGAAGCAAUGAAAGCUAUCGAAUUGAUAAUAGACUUCGAUUCGACCGCUUUUCCGCAUGACUGCUAUCGCGACAGCUCUGGGGAAUACCACCAUUCCAACAGUGAUUGCCUAACUAACUCUUCAAAGCUCUCUGGUGUUUUAACCUUCAACGAUUUCCGACCGCAGAACAGAUACCUAGAAUUAGGUGGCUUGUACGUUGAGACUGCAUGGUGUCCUAGAAAAUGCCUCUAUGCAUUUCUAGGUAUCCUCUUUUCUGUAUUAACCGGAGGAAAACUUUUCUGGGGCAGCUGGGAGGUAAUCUUCGGCGCUGGAAGCUUCAUCGUCGCUUUGCCGAUGUUGGUAUUGACGGUACUUAGUUGCUAUGAUGUCUGA